AGCUGAUAUAGAGAAAGAAACUGUGAAUAUUUCUUCUUUAAUAGAAGUGCCUAUACAACACUGAUGCAGUGACAAAACUGAAAGGAUUUAUCUUGAAAAUGAAUCACACAAUAGAAGCUAUGGCCUAAGCCCACUCCUCCCUGAGCGUCCCUCGCAGGAUGACUGCUGUCUACCCGUCUGAGAGCAGCCCAGAUGGAGCUGAAGCUGGGGCUGGGACAGCAGGCACCACUGGGAACAGCUCGGUCUCAGGAGCAGGUUCCAGGGAGUCUAACGGAGACUCUGUUGGAGGGUCCACUGUAGGGACAGCUGUGGUUUCUGGCGGACAAAGGUACAGCCGCUGGAACAGGCAGGAUAGCUCUGACAUCAACACAGAUGAUGAGGGAGCCACUGUUCGUCGCCUAACUCCUCUGGAAAGGCUGAACCUGGAUAUGUGUCAGGAUGAAAGGGUGGUCCGUGAGCUGACAGUGGGCAGAAGAAUUGCCUUCUACAAGAUCCGUGGCGAAAUAGGGUGUGGAAAUUUCUCCCAUGUCAAACUAGGAAUUCAUGCUCUUACAAAAGACAAAGUGGCCAUUAAGAUCUUAGACAAAACUAAGUUGGAUCAGAAGACUCAGAGGUUGCUUUCAAGAGAGAUCUCCAGCAUGGAAAAACUACACCACCCUAAUAUCAUACGCCUAUAUGAGGUGGUGGAGACGUUGUCACGGCUACACUUGGUGAUGGAGUAUGCAGGUGGAGGGGAGCUCUACACUAAGAUUACUACUGAAGGAAAACUUUCUGACACUGACAGCAAGAUUGUCUUUGCUCAGAUCCUCUCGGCUGUUAAACACAUGCAUGAAAAUAACAUCAUCCAUCGUGACCUAAAGGCAGAAAAUGUCUUCUACACCAGCAGCUCUUGUGUCAAAGUCGGGGACUUUGGAUUUAGCACACUGAGCCGCCGCGAUGAGACGCUCAACACUUUCUGCGGCUCUCCACCUUAUGCGGCUCCAGAACUCUUCCGGGAUGAGCAUUAUGUAGGAGCUUACGUAGAUAUUUGGGCUUUGGGGGUCAUGCUGUUUUUUAUGGUGACCGGCACCAUGCCAUUCAGGGCAGACACUGUGGCCAAACUGAAGAGAUGCAUCAUGGAGGGAGCCUACGUGCUUCCCCCAUGGGUCCCCGAGGCAUGCCAGAGGCUCAUCAGGGGGAUUCUCCAGCCAGUCCCAUCGGACCGCUAUACAGUGGAGCAAAUGAUGGGCUGUGAGUGGCUGCUCCCUGUGGAAUUCCCAUGUGCCAUGGAGCCUUGUAAGCUAGAUCCAUCUCACCUUGCUGAGAACAAACCAGCUGAACUGCUGGAGGAAGAGCUGGAGGUAAAGGCUGCAUUAGAGACUCUAGGAAUCACUUCAGAGCACAUAUUCAACAACCAGGGAAAAGACUGCAGAAGCUCCAUCACUGGGGUCUAUCGGAUCUUGCUACACCGGGCUCAGAAGAAGCGGGUGGUUGAGAGAACGCCUGCCGUUACACAGAAAGUCGGGCCAACUACAUCAAAUAAAAAGGGGCGACUAAAAGUGUAUCGCAGUUUGCGGCACACAUCUAAACUGUGUGUAGUUCUGUGACAAAAAAAGUUAAGCUUUACUAUGGAAAUUCAAUGAUUAUGCAGCCUGGGGUUAAAUUGCACAGACUGCAUUAGCAAAGCUUUUCAGUCCAGUAGUAUAUGUCAAAGUAAUCGUACUAAGACCUCAUCGAGCUGCUGAAACUUGAUAUUUCUUACUUAGUAUGUUUUCUUUUUCUUCUGAAUCUAGUCUCUGUGAGAAGGCUGCAGAAAGUUUAUUAAGUUUUUUUAUAUUGUUUUUGUUUUGAAAUGAAUUUUUUAUCAGAUUUAACAAGGUAUGGAAUGUAAAUAAUUAAAAGUCAAUAUAAUGGUUAGAGUACUAAUAAUUUCAUUUGGGUCAUAUAGA